AAAUGAUAAUGAAAUGCUAUGUUGCGACCAUAAAAAUAUAGAACCCUAGACACGACUUUCAUAAAAGAAAUUGUUCACUCAAAGUAAUCAAUUGUGGCCACAAAUUAACAUUUUCUGCACACAAAUUGGUAUUUUUUUUGGACAAAAGUGAUUAUUUUGUGGCAACAAAUUUGUAUUAUUUUGGUACUGGUUUGUAGUAGAACUUUAAGAUUAUAAUUUGUGCACACAGAAUACUAAUUUGUGGCCACAACAUACCAAAUUGUAGCCACAGGUUGUCAUUGUGAUAUGAUACAUAUAGCUCAAGACUGUACCAGAAAAAAAUGCACUUUUUUUUAAGAGUAGCUGAGUUUAGAAAAAAAAAAAAACUCUACCAGAAUAAUAAAAUAAAUUAUAUGAUACUGACAGCAACGUGUUUUGGUGUGGUACCUAUUCCAAGUCAAAACUAUGUAGUACAUGUCUCAUAACAACAAAAGCCGUGAGGCUGACUGAAUAUUUAACGAGAUCUUGUUGUUUUGGAUGUUCCAUAGAGCUGUUCAAAGACGCUCAGUGUGCUGUGCUUCCAACUAGUGGUCGGGGUUAAGAUGAAGACAAGAGUCAGACCAUGAAGGACACUCAUAGACAAGCAACCUCAGAGGUGGUUCAACACGGCUGACAUCACAGUGGCUCACCAAAGCAACCUACUGAAGCAGCUCAACCAGCAGCGCCGCCAGGAGCUCUUCUGCGACUGCAGUGUGCUGGUGGAGGGGCAGCUCUUCCUGGCCCACCGCAACAUCCUGUUUGCCAGCAGCGGCUACUUCCGCAUGCUGCUGUCCCAGGGCUCCGACAGCUCCCUCGAGACCGUUAACGCCACAUUUGACGCCUUCAGCCCGGAAACCUUCACCAUCAUCCUGGACUUCAUCUACUCCGGCCAGCUGGACCUCUCCAGUCACAAUGUCAUCGAGGUCAUGUCCGCAGCGAGCUACUUACAGAUGAACACUGUCAUCAACUACUGCAAGAACUUCAUCAAAUCCUCCUUGGACAUCAGCGUCAAAGAAGAAGACAGCGACCGCGGCCUCAGCUUGUCUGAAACCUGCAGUUUUGCCAGCGGAGCGGGUGAGGAGUCUGCAGAGCAGCCACAGCCGAGACCCGGUUCUGUCAGCCCGCCACCAGCUCUCUGGACCCGCGACAACUCCAGGUCCCAGUCUUCCUUUAAAGACCCCGAAAGGGAUGUUUCUGUCUCCACCUUGAAGACCAGCCCCAACAGUCCUGAGAUUAGUGCAGAGGGAGAUGACCUGCAGGACCCUCAGGACCCUCUGUACACGUUACCCGGAUCGGAACGCCGGCGUGGAAGGGCGGCGGCCAAACGGAGACCGUCUAACAGCACCCGCCCUGGCCAGCAGGAAGACCAGGACAUUCAGGAGCCGAGGUCACUAAAAGUUGAAAAGAUAGACGAGCUUUACGCCUCACUGCCACAAAUCGUGGGUGUUAUCGGCCAUUACAAUAAAGAUUCUAGUCCAGUUAUGCGCUUCAAAUGCCCCUUUUGUACCCACACGGUGAAGCGCAAGGCAGACCUGAAGCGUCACCUGCGCUGCCACACCGGCGAGAGGCCUUACCCAUGUCAGGCCUGCAACAAGCGCUUCACCCGUCUGGAGCAUCUCCGCAACCAUUUCGAGACGAUUCAUCAAGCCAGGAAGCUGGUGUGCAGGAAGUGUAAGUGUCAGGUGACGGAGGAGACCGGCCACGUGGUGUGCGAAGGAACCCGACGCUACCGCAUGUGCACGGCCUGCAUCCAGGAAGUGGGCUGUGACGACAUCCCGCUAGAAAGUCUGGGGGAGUCCAAGGAGGAGCCAGCCCUGUUACUAGGCGUGGAUGGGGAGGAGGAGGGAGACAGCAAGAGGAACUGGAUGAUGAACGAUGAAGAUGAACUUGCAGAGGACUCGGGGGCAGACCUCAUCAUCCAGCAAGUGGAUGACAGCGAUGAGGAGCUGCAGUGAGACGGGGACGAUGUGUGUACAUUUGUGCUCUGUGCAUUUCCUAAAAAAAUUGCAUCUGGUGAUGUAAAUAAAAAACUAUUAUGAUGUAUUAGGAGCCAGACAGUUACAUACGACUCAUUAAUCUUUAACUUCAAUAUGGUUUGUGUAAAUCAUCUUAAAAAUAUGCAGUAUCCAAAGCAUGUAUAUUCUGUUCUUCUUUUUAUUCUGUCACGUAUAACCAUUUCAAGUGGUGUUUUUAAUCUUUUAAUGCAUGAAAUCACAGCUUUUUUGGAUAUUCCUCUUGGCACUUAUGCCAAACAAAGUUUCUCAGACUGGAUAGCUUGAAUGCUUCAAAGGAGUUGAGGAGAAAUGAGAGCAGAUCUUUCUCUUUACGUGUCUGUUGCAAAUGCUUGUUCUUGUUUAUAAAAUGCACUAAGUUUAAAAUUUAUUCUAAAUUAUUGGUUUAACUGUUUAUUUUUUACUUUUUGACACAAUAAAGAUAUUUUUAUAUUUUU